CCAUGCCGGAGUCCGGGGGCCAGGCGCGGCGCAAAAUGGCGGAGAAAUUCCGCGGGGCCAAAUGAAGCCAAAGCCGCAGGGGUAAGCCGGGGAUUCGACGGCAUCCAGAUCCCGGUCGGAGAGGCUGUCAUUUACCACAGGGAAGAAGCGACGAUUCCCUUCCUCACCUGAGAGGCGGCGACAACGACGUCCAGCGGCAGCCCCCAUCCCCUCCCCUCACCCUCCACCUUCCCCCUCCCCUUCCCUCCCUGAAGGAAAAAACACUCUUAGGCCGCUGGCGACGGGCUAACGUUUUACUCGCUUCCCGUCCCCCGAUCGAGGAGUGAUGGGAAACACCUUGUCUUGUUGCGUGUCCCCGGGGGCAAGCCCCACGUUGUCGGGCCGCGGCGGGCUCCGGGGCCAGGAGCAGCAGCGGCAGCAGGAGAGGGUCGAUGCUUACCGAGUGGAGGCGGAGCUCCGGGAACCCGAGCCCAGCCCCGGAACCAACCUGCAGCACAUCAGCGACAGGGAAGCACCGGAAGAUAUGAACUUUGAAUCCAACCCAUCCGACCACCCAAGAGCCAGCACCAUCUUCCUGAGCAAGUCACAGCCAGAUGAAAAUUUCUCAUCCGUAUCCUGCAGAGAUGUCUCACAUAACCCCAGGGGUGUACGUACCAUACUUUGGAACCACCGGUUUAAAGGACAAUUUGCUGUGAGAGAGAAGAGGAAGAGUAACCACAUAAACCAUGUAUCUCCUGGUCAACUCACUAAAAAAUACAGCUCUUGUUCAACAAUAUUUAUUGAUGAUAGUACUGUAAGCCAACCUAACCUGAAAAGCACAAUUAAAUGCGUUACACUUGCAAUAUAUUAUCACACAAAGAACAGAGAUUCAGACAGAUCAAUAGAUAUUUUUGAUGAGAAAAAGCACCCGUUGACUAGAGAAGAGGUGCCAGUAGAUUAUUAUAAACGCGACCCAGAACAUAAACAUAUAUACCGGUUUGUACGGACACUCUUCGGUGCUGCCCAAUUGACUGCAGAAUGUGCAAUAGUAACACUGGUAUACCUAGAAAGGUUGCUGACAUACGCUGAGAUAGAUAUCUGUCCUAGUAACUGGAAACGGAUUGUGCUGGGUGCCAUCCUGCUUGCUUCCAAGGUCUGGGAUGAUCAGGCUGUCUGGAAUGUGGACUAUUGCCAGAUCCUGAAAGACAUGACGGUUGAGGAUAUGAAUGAGAUGGAGAGACAGUUCCUAGAACUGCUACAGUUUAACAUUAAUGUUCCUGCUAGUGUUUACGCCAAAUAUUACUUUGAUCUGCGCUCUCUGGCAGAUGACAACAAUAUGAAUUUCCCCUUGGAGCCGCUCAGCAAAGAACGAGCACAGAAACUAGAGGCAAUCUCCAGGCUGUGUGAGGACAAAUACAAAGACAUGAGCAAAGCUGCUAUAAGGCGAUCACUCAGCGCUGGCAAUUUGAUAGGAAUUAGUCGUUCUAAUGCCAUCCUCUCCUAGGCAGGAGACUUUAUCUCAUCGGCAUGUAUUGCACCAGCAGAGACAGUCUUCCAGUUGGGUGACUGAAUCCUUCUACAGCUGAAUCCCAAGUCGCAGCUCUUGGCACUAAAGAGCACAUUUAAGAGAUUAACAUUAAAUGUUGACGCCUGGCUUCAAAGCCCUUUUAGGAGAAGGGAGGAAAAAAAAUUUUGACACUACACUGACACAGCAGUAUGCAACCUGCAGUGUGGAGAUUUUUAUGCUUACUGUGUAGGCCUUGAGAAGUUCUUCAAGCUUUUAUUUUAAUUUGUUCUAAUUUUAAGAAAUAACAUCCAAAACAAAUUGAAAUCAUGUCGAGUGGACUCUACAGGUAGGUUGGGACAAUGGCAGCCAAUGGGAGAAUAAACGGCGUCAGAAUAGGGGCGAAUUACUGACCAUGUGCACUGUGCGAGUUUAACAAACAUGAAAGCUCUCUGUGUGUAAAGAUUUCUUUUAGCCAUAGGAUGGACUUAACCAGCGUGUAUUCACAGAUAAUUCUGUGAUGCAGACUUUGAAGCUGGGAGAGAUUUCUCUUUUACCCCCACCCCUUCCCCCACCCCCAUCCAUCCCAGUAAAUAUCCUUUUCCACCUCAAUGUUUGAGCGUUAUCUACAUCAUUUCCUAAUAGGCUGGGCAGGUAUACGACAACCUGCAUUCACUUGGCGCCGUUAAUGUAGUAAAAUGCCUCAAGGCACUUCAGCGGAGCAUUUUCAAACAGAAUUCAACAUCAAACCACCUGCGAGAUUAGGACAGGUGACCAAAAAGCUUGUUCAAAGAGUUAGUUUUCAAGGAGAGUUUUAAAGGAGGGUAGAUGAGUGGCGAGGUUUAGGGUGGGAGUUCCAGAUCUUAGCAACUGAACUGUGAUGUAUGCCUGCACAUACGUCUCUUAGUUGCAAACUUGCACUCCCAACACAAUAGGUGUGUCUGAAAACAAGUUAUUGAGAAUGCUGGAAAUCUGAAAUAAAAUAUAAAAACACUAGAAACACUCGGCAGGCCAAGCAGCAUUUGUGGAGAGGAAAACAGAAUUAACAUUUCAGGUUGAAGAUGUUAUGUUGAUGUGUCCAUCAAUUCAGACUUAUCAUCUUGAAGAUGACAGUAUUACCUCAGAUAUAAGGCUCUUACAGUGUAAUAAGCCUGAAAUAAAACUGUACUACCAGUCUACAGUGCAGGAGAAGAGGUCCCAAAGAAACUAUUGCGUUUUAAACUGCAGUAUUUUUAAUUUUUUUUUGUUCUAGGCUGUUAUUGGGGGCUGUCUUGGGUUGGGGUGGAGAGGUGGUUGGCAGGAAGGGAGGUGAGUCUGAAGAGAAGGCAAGCCUGAUGGAGUGUCUGAAUGCUGGGGUUCCCAGCCUCACAUCUGGCACGCUCAGCUGUUGUAAGUACCCACUCCAGUGUCCUCACGCCACUUAAGGAUCCUGCCAGUCAUCAAAUUGUAUUGAUUUGUGACAUUGCCUCAUUCUCUGGGCAGAUACAUGUCCCUAACCACAAGGUUUGACUGCUUGUAAGCAAAUUAUGUAGUAUGUUACAGGAUAGAAACAGGCUAUUUGGCCUAACAGGUCUGUGCUAUUCUCUAUCUGUCCUCCACCCUACUUCAUUUCACCUGAAUAACAUAUUCUUCAUUCCUUCCUCCCUUAUGUACAUAUCUAACUUCCCUUAAAUGCAUCUAUGCUAGUCAUGUCAGAGAUAGGGAUUUCCACAUUCUACUCACUCUUGGAUGAAAAAUGUUCUCCUAAAUUCCCUAUCAGAUGCAAUCUUGUAUUUAUGGUCCCUGGUUCUGGGAUCCCCCAUAAAUGGAAACAUCUUCUCUACGUCAAACUCUUUCAUAACAGUAAAGAAAUCUAUCAACUUCUGUUUCUACUGAAAACGCUUUGAUAGUUUACUAUAGAAACAUGACCUCUUUCAGACAGACUGUUUAGUCCCGUAAUUGGUACGCUCCUGACACAUGGAAGAAGUAAACCUCUAUGGCCACUGUAACUUGUCUGUCUCAUUUAACCAAGAGGAACCAAUUUUUAGCUCUGCUUACAAUUAUUUUUCAUCUCAAAUAACAAACGUUUUGAUUUAUUUUCAUUUUGUUCCUUCGCUGUGCGAGUGAAUUUCAUACUUUUCUCAACCUCUAAAAUGGGCGGCAUCUAGGAUUUCUCCCAGCUUUGGCGUGAGGUGGUAGCAGUUUUUGAGGAGCGAUAAGGUACAGGCAGAUUCGUAAAACAAAGUUGUCGAAAUGUAGUUUUUUAAAAAAAAAUCUCAACCCCGUUUAAUCAAAAAAAUAAACAAAUUUGAGUUGUUCGUUCAUCAUAAACCAGAGGUCCUGAUAAUAAACUUUUGAAACUAGGCUUGAGUUUUAUUGACAGCUUUCACCAUUCCUUCUCCCUCUACCCCCACCCCCCGCCCCUAGUUUGUACAGGUUAGUUCAUACAGUGCACAGCUUUAUGGUGCUUAACUUUUUUUAUAAAGAAAAUAAGUAAGCCCUUAAGCAAACAGCGCUUCUUUCAUAAGCAGGAUCUGAAAAACAGCAACAGAAGGUAAUGAAACAGACCAAACAACAGCCUAAACCCUUUCUUCCUUUGGCCCAGUGAGAUGUAAGACAAAGUUGAAAUGCUUUCUUUCCAUCUUUAAACUAAACAGGAAAUCUUAUUAAAAUAAAAAAACUUCCACAAAGACAUUUUAAUCUUCAUUAAAAUGUGAGGAAGAAGCAGUGAAGAUUUGCAUACGCAAAUCAGCUAAUGUAAAAGAGCAAGCAAGUGUUCAGGUGAAAAAAUGGUACUUUCAACGUGAAGUACCAACACUAUUCCUUCCUGUUUGAAGUGUAAUUCUCUGUGAAACAGCUCUUCAGCAGAGUCCAGAAAACAAGCAUUUAAUUCAAGAGGGAGUGAAGUGUAUCUGCCCUUCUAACAUCACGAUGGGAGGAGGUUGUCCAGAGCAUAUUUGCAAACUAAAAAGGUUGCCCUUUUUUUUGAAUGUACAAAUCCAACUGGGUGUUUCACUUGUGAAGGCAUGGGGGAGGUGAAAGUAGAUGCUGAUUGGUACGUUCAAAGAAGCAAUAGGCCGAGUCAGCUGAAAUUAAUGAUGGCUGUCGAUUGUGAAGAUUUCAUUUUCUCCUGGUCUGUGAAUAAAACUGUUGUCUAUAGAAAAAUUCCUUCAACUAAUUAAGCCGACAACUUCAAAGGUAGCAAUUAAACAAAACAGAUAUGCAUAGGGUAGUGGGGAGAAUACAUUGAUUUACUUCAAUUAACAGUGCAUAAUGUACAGGCUGGAUAUUAGUGCAGCAUGUGUAGCUGAACUGAAGGUGAUGCAUUUUUCAUCCUUGCUGAAUGAAUGAACAUUAGGUUCCCUGAGUACCUGUUGAAGCAUAGGAGUUUCAGGAAUACAGUGCUCUUGGCCAGAUUGCUGUCACUAAGUAUGACAGCAAGGAACUGGUUGACACAUCUGAGUAGGAUACCCAACAGGAUAACCAAAGUGUCCUUUCUCCCACCUUCACCAUUGAGCAACCUUUGUGGCAUGUGGACUAACAAGUGCCAGUAGUUUUGGUUGAAGCAGUGCAAACGAGGGCUGAAUUAAUGCUGAACAGCCAUUCUAACUCUAGGGAGAUCUUUAUAACGGAGACAGGACUACUCCCAAGUUUCAUUCACAGGAAUGGGAGGACCAAAUCCCAACAGCACGAGGUGAUAUUGGAACAGUUAGUGUGUGGUACUUGAUAUGUUUCUGCUGUGUUUGAAGAACAGCCUGCAAUGGGGCUGCAUGUCAAAAGGCAAGUGCUGAAAGUACAGGAAAAUUCCCCACCAAACCAUCUACUUGUAAGCAACUGAAAUGCCUGACAAUUUGGCUCUCCUUGGCCAAUUCAACACAUGCUCUCUGUAAUAGUUAGGUGAGGUUUAGACUCUGCUAUCACAUGUUGAUUGUGCUUAAACGAAGUCUUCAUGGACUUAUUCACUAUCAUUUGCUUUAUCAGCAUCUUUUAGGAGGUUUCAGUAAGAUUGUGGUAACAGUCAAAAACAGUUUGGAUUUAUAUAAUGCAUAGUAAAAUUUCCCAAGGUAUUUCACAGUAACGUUAUCAGACCAAGCCACGAGGUAUUGGAACAGGUGAGAAAUAGGUUUUAAGGAGCACCUUAAAGGAAAAGGGGCAUGUGGAGAGGCUGAGAACAACUGGAAAGUCUUGAGAUUGACAAUGCUUUAUGUGUCUGUGCUUGUAGUUUGAACAGUGGAAACAUUUUCUGUGAAUUUCAAGUUUGAUUUUCUAACCAGUGAAAAAUAUUAGCGGGAUUUUUACUGCAAAUUCCAACCCAUCUUGGGAUGAAUCAUUCUACUCCCCAUUCCAAAAAAGACUAGUAACUAGUCUGACAGUUAAAACAGCCAAACUGCAGUGUUGACUAACACUGAGAAUAUUUACCUUCUCUUUUCCUUCCAGUAAUUUAUAAUAGUGCAAGCUGAACCAACAUCUUAUUGAGGUACACACUUAACAUCCUCCCUCCUUCCAUGCUGCUUUGGUGGGGAAACGAAUGUCACAUGUUAAUGUUGUUCUUACCUGUGUCCUAAUGUAGGAUCCCCAAUAGGCAUGACCUGCUAGAGAGUUAAUCCUUUGGUGUCUGCAUUGAUCCUUGUAAACUAAUAAUAUUUUAAAAAUAGUUAUAUAUGAAAAAGAAAGCGAGCAGAUUUAUUAAUAAAUAAAAUCUGCACACAACAUUCCUUUCUACUGGUAGGUCCAACAUACAUCUUGUUCUCUACAAUGUGUACGGUGCACUGUGUUUGAACCUGUUAUCAGUGGGGUAUUUUCUGCUGACUUCAUGAAAGGCUUAAUAGUGCCACCAUAUUAAAAUGCAGUAAGCUUUUUGCAUUAUGUAGAAUGUGUGCAUAAAUAGAAUAGUUGUCAUUUUUAGUUUGGUUCAAAAUCUCCCUUUACUUUUGUAUCUCUUCCCUUCAUGAGCAGCAAGCUAGAAUAAUGAAACUAGGUGUUUGUGAAAGGCAACACGUUUCAUUGGUACCUUCUAGAUUUUAAAAUUAAAUGGGGGUUAGUCAGAUAUACCCAUAUCUUUCCAGGAAGAGGACUUUCCCAAGAGGUCAUUUUUUUUUCAUGGGCAGUGACUGCCCUUUCAGUGCCUCGCCCAACUGCCCAUUAACCGUGCCUGAGUCUUAACACUGAGUAGUUGCCCUUUGGGGAUAUUGCAGCUGAGUCCCCAAUUCUGGUGUCAACCAGUGGCCACACCUGUGCCCUUUCCAGUACAAGUUACCAAUAACAACUGGGGGCAGAAAGUCUUGUCUGUUCACUCACUCAAGGGAUUCUGUGGCUAAUUGAAGUACACCAGUGCAAAUAGAAUUGCCAACUUUGUACGUAUUCUUGGAGGUGACAUUGCAUGACCUCCAACUGCCCCAACCCACACAUUCCUACCUUUGGUCACCCAGCAUGCUCAACACAUCGUCAUGAUACACCACCUUCACACAUCAAUUGAAAAGCAAAAACCUUUUUACCUAAUUAGAUGAUUCCUGACUGUUACUCAAACAGCAUUUUUCCAAUAUUUUUAUAAUUAACAAGUGUUGAAUUUUUUUUCUAAUUUCAAAUGCCCUUAUAACUUUUCUCAUGGGCUGCUUAGAGACCAUCCUGGAAGAUUGAAAACCCUGAAGGAAAAACAGCACAGAUUGAGAAUCUAAUUCAGGACCUUCAGGUUUACAUUAUGGCUCAGUAAACAUCAACCACGCCUUUACCUAUUAGGAAAUUGGAAUAGGAUGGUGGGGAAAUGCCUAAGGACAGAUUAUAUCUUUUCAAAUAUCCUCUUAUGCUGAUUAUGCUAAAAUUUAUAAGCAUACCAAAUCGGGUUGCCAACUGUGAUUAAAUCUAUUCCUGGAGAUUUCAUCACAUGACUUGUCCCCAAGCUCCAGCAAUUAUCAGCCUACAUAUCCAUCCUUGUGAUGUACCACCUCCUUACGCCAACUGGAAAGCAAAAAGACUCAUUACCCAAUUGGAUGAUGCUUGACUGUCAGCAAAAUGGCCUUUAUUUCCCAUUUUCAAUAUUUUAAUAUCUGCUAAAGCGAACUGUUCAAAGAAAAUGACAAAAAAAAACCCAAUCUUUAUAAAUAUCAUGAUGAUUUUUCUCCAGGGUUGUAUACAGCAGUGCCCUGAAGAUUGAUCUUAAAUUCCUGGAGACUCCAGGCCAUCCUGGACAGUUGGCAACCCUAAUGGGAAAAAUACAGGUUUAUGAACUAUAUAAAAUGGAGGCAUGGAGUCUAAUGGUUGCAUGCGGACAAUGAUGAUUUACCACCAUGAGCAUUCCCUGUGAACUGAACUGACCACACAAUCUACAAGAAUUUUGCUCACAAGAAGUUGCAGUGAAAUUGGGAUAAAUAUUUAUUGUUUUUUAACAGUUGUCUAUAAGAUACAUUUUCCUUAUAAUACAUUUUAAAAUGCUUCCCAUUUUAACACUUGGAAUUGACAAGUAUUGAUGUAUAUGCAAUAUGUGAUGCAUUGCCUUGGGUUUUUUAGAGUAACUGCUUUAUUAUACUGAAAUGAAUAUCUGCAGUCUACCUUAUGACCUUUGCACAUCUAGCAGUGAUAUUACUGUUUUAGUAUCACUUUGCCCUCGUCUCACCUCUCCCUUCUGCCUUCUCCCCAAAGUUCGUUUAUCCUUUCCAUCACCUUCAUUUAUGUUUCUGAUUGAAAACAUCCAACAGUUGAUGCCAUCUUUUUUUGUUCAGUAAAGAAAAUUUGAACACUCUGACCUGUUUGAUCUGAUCUGCAGAAUUAACUUUUUGAUUUUCCAAAACUUGAGUACAAUCUGGGUUUCCAACAUCAAUAAUUCUUCACAAAAUGCUGGAAUGCUAACUUGCUUACCCUCUUACUGCCCUAGAUUGCUUAUUGAAGGGUGUUUCUGCCAACUGAAUGAUACUUACGCCUUGUGAUCUGGCAUGUGUUUUAAAGACACCUCUGCUUUAAUCAAUAUGAAUCUCCUUCACCCAAAUACUUCUCUCAUCAAUGUUUCCUUAUUGCGUUGUCUAACCACUCCAAGAUGGAAACUCUUUCCAGUUACCCUUUGAAUCUAGUUGGUUCAAACUACAGGAAGCUGCUACAUUUUUUGCUUUGCAUUUUAUAUAUGCUCUUUAAUUUUAUGCUAGUAAGCACACAAGAAAAGGUACAGGGAACAGUCAGGUUUUGUCUUGGUUUACACACCCAGUCUACCUCCAGUAUGUCAGAAUACUGUAAUGCUUAUCUAGAUGUAACACUAAACAUUCAGACACCAACAUCCCUCCUUUACAGCAAAGUGGAUAGGUCCAUUGUCAGAAUAUGAUCAGCCUUUGGACCUGCACUGUUUAAUGGCCAUUUUAAUACAGAUUUUAUAAGAACGAUUAUUAUAAAUACAUUGUUAUGAUCUGGAAUGCAGUGCCUGAAAGGCUGGUAGAAGCAGGUUGAAUAGUAACUGGAUAAAUUGAAGGAAUGAAAAUUGCAGGGCCAUGGUGAAAUAGCUGGGGAGUGGGACAAAGUAGGCAGCUCUUUCAAAGAACCUUUACAGGCAAGAUGGGCUGAAAAGCCUCCUUGUGUACUGGAUAAACUCAUAACCACCCACUAAUGUGCACAGGUAUUCAGACAAUGUCUAGGAAUUUUUGUGUUUAAACAUUGUUCCCAGGCUGGUCAAGUCAGCAGUUGAAAAGUACGUGAGAGUAGACCCUGGGUAACUAUUUAAUUUCCUUUGUUCCAAUGAUAAACUGUUGGAUCCCUUUCCAGGUGCUAGCACUGAUGGCAUAGCUUGAGGUCAUUUCUCCCUGCAUGUGUCGGUGUGUUCGAGAGUGUCCACAGGCUUUUGAAGCCUUUUUCUACCUGUACAUGGAUGGCCUGUUGGACCAGUGCAGGUGUAAUACUGACCUUAUUGAAUCCUUGUGCAUGUUCAUUGUUUAUUGGCGUACACCAGCAAAACAAUCUUAACAGUUGCCGAAAUGAAAGAUCAAGCCAAGUGAUCACAAAUCCGCAAAAAAAUAGUACUGAUUAAGAACCAAUUGAAAAAAUGACCGAAUCUUAUCAACGCUGUUAGCAUUUUGGAGUUUUUUUUGAUGGAUGGUUGUGCGUUAAUAACCCUUUCAGUCUUUUCACAAUCAUAACAUUCUUAAACAAUUUAAAAGUCCAACAUAUUCAUUGACCUGCUUCAUUCAUGGUGUAUAUCUGUUCUCACUGUGCCAGCUCACAAACUGGUUGCCAUAUAGAUUUGCCCUCAGUUUUCAGCUGUUAUUUUAGUUGAAAACAAUCAUGGCAAGUUCCUCAUCUUCAGAGCCAUAUUUUCCUAAUAAAUGGAUCUGCUGGUUUUAUCAUUGGUGCUGGUAAAGCAAUUGAUCUGGUUGCCUCCUCCAGUAAUGGGAUGGGGUGGUGGGGGGGAAGGGGGCGUAGACAGAACAUACUCAAAAUAAACAUGAACCCUCCUAAGUCCCAUCAUACUUUUCAACGUGGUCCAACUGUUCUCUUCAGAUGCUCCUUUGUUACAUUUGAUAUUUUAAAUUUCACUGGGAUACUUAACUACAUUUCCCAGUGGUAGAUGUUCCCAACACAGCAUUUACAGGAGGACACAUUGAUUCCACAGUCAUUUAAAGAUCCUAAAAUGUGCUAGAGAAACUGCAUGAGGGUUUUUUGUAGUGUUUAUAGAAGUCUGUGUAACUGGCACAUCUGACUAACCAUAAAACAGAGCAAAUCCAAUUUAUAUCUUCCGUUGUUGCACCAAAAUGGCCACUGCCAGCCAUUCUAAAGUUAUUAUUUGUUUAGUCACUUGAUAUCAGAGCCUGCAUUUAGGAAAGGUGUGCAGCUAGAGUUUCCAACUCUUGUUGGAUAUGUUCCUGGAGGUUUCAUCAUAAACUCUUCUGCCUUGCCCUGUCAAACAGCCAUUCUUCCCAUCUGCAAUAUUUAUAUAAUUAAUAAGUGAAAGCUUCUAAGAACAUUAUAGAAAGCAGACAAUUCUGAAGCACCUAUGCCUUUUCUCCUGGAUUUUUGCUCUCAGUAUUGGUCAGAUUAGAGACUCCAGAGCAAACCUGGAGGAUUGGCAACCCCAUCUGCUGCCAGAAUUAAAUUUUUAUUCCUACAGAUGGCUGGUGAGCUGUGGAGAGGGCAAGUGUAGGUAACAGAAAAGGAGUGCAAACCACUGCAUCCUCAACCAAACUGGUUGAAUGCUGCUGCCGUAACUCAAUCUGAUCAACUCUUGUGAAAUCUUGGUUGAUACCUGCUGCAUUUCAAGUAGAAUUUCUGUACCUAUGUGUGACUUAAAAAAUAAUAUAUACAUAUGUUUUUUAUGAUAUAUAUAUAAAGUAAUGGUAGAAUAAUAUAUACUUGCAAAUUAUGGUUUGUAACUAAUGCAAGAACAAUUUUUAUAAAAGAUAGUUUUAAACAAAAGCUUUAUAAUUAAACAUUUUUGUAGAAAGAAUGGAGUGGUUUUGGAAAUGGUAAAUUUUGUAACACCCCAGGGUCUGCUACUAAUAUGGGGAAGCUGGUGGAAAGAAGAGAGGAAAAUAAAGCUGUGAACAGCUUAAAUAAUGGUCAUUUACUAAAUCAGUAUUACCAAGAUAAAUUGUGAAUGAAAAUGUUUUUAAUUUUUGCUUUGCUUAUUUAAGGAAGAUUUGUAUUUAUCUGAUUUUGCCCCAUAAUGUUGAAUGUUGUAAAGGGAGGUAUUUACACACUUGUAAUUGCCCCAUGUUGCUAUAUACUUUAAAAUGGCUAUUAAGCCCUUGGUUGGAACAGGGAAAAAUCGGACAGGAUUUCCUCUAAUUGCUAACCUGCAGCCAUUGCUGGGGAUGGUGGGGUGUGUAUGUAUGUCAGAUGGGAACUUACUUAGCUCAGCUGCAAUAUCUUCUGCAGUUGAUGGUUUACUAGUGUUAAGGCUCAUACCUGAGUGAUGGCCACUUGAGGAAGGUACUGGAGGGCAACUGCCAUUGGUGGAGCUACUCCCAACAGUGGGGUUAACACCUUCAUGCAGGGCAAAGAAAAAUAUUGACGGGAAGAGGUAUUAUUGAGAAGCAAAUUUAGAACCUUAUGCUUUAAGUACAGUUUUUUUUUUCCAAUGGCGUGACAUUGUGAUACUGUGGGGUGAAUGCAGGUACCUCGCAUAGGGAUGUGUCAAUUCAGCAGAAUAAAGCUCCCUAUGGAACAUGGGCCCUCAUUUUUUGAGGUUGAAUGCAGUGACACUAAUAAGCACCAACUCUGCAUUUUAUUACUCAAUACUUUUUUGCUAAGCAUUUCCCACCACCCUUGAACAUUUCUGGAAACCUUGUUUACAGAGAAAAUGUUGGUUGUGUGUGUGCAUUUGAGCUUUCCGAUGCAAAUGAAAUCUUUUGCUCUUUUAUAAUAUGAUGGCGCAGUAUUCACAAGGAUGGAUACAAAAUUGCACUGGUUGUCCCACUAUGCUGCCUUUUGAAUGCUCGGUAAAGUAUUUGUUUCCCAUUUUAAAAAAACUCCAGUCUUAAACCAGUGGGCCAUAGUAUGAGAUUUAUUUUAAUGAUCAAAACUCUGUGCUCAACAUUCUGGUUCCGGAAGAGAAACUUAAUUGCAAAUUGGCAUUACAGUUAUAUCUCCCAAAUUUUCCUUGUUCAUGGUUAAGAACAAUGUGACAAUGUGCAGCUGCAAUAUGAUUUGUUUUGCUGUUGCUGCUGUUGAUCUCAACUUGAUAGAGGUGCUUCCAUCGCCAAACCAACAAACAAAGGAAUAAACCCAUAUCCUGAUCAAAACAAACUCUAAACACGGUGAUGGAGCAAAUUGCUCCACGAGGGACCUUCAUGAGAAAAGGCUGCUGAUGCAUUUCCAACCUGAAUGUGCUUGAAAACCCACCAAAGGGACAGUUUGAUCUUUCUGUACGUGUAGGAGGGGAGAGACGGACAAAAAGUGAAUGCUGGCAAUUUAAAGUGAGGGAAUGCGGGCAACACACGGCAGGCUUGCCAGUGUCUGAAAGACCACCCAAAACAUUUACUUGCUUUUCAGAUGCUGCGCAUUGCCAGCACUUUCAGUCUUUAUUCCGCUGGUGGCUGGACUACCCAUUGGAGAGGGUGGGAAAGAACUUUGAUUGUUUCGAGGUGAAAAAUGCACAUCAUCAGCUCUUAUCCUGUUCAUACUUGUUUGGAAUUUUUUUUUGAAAACUAAUAAAUAUGAUUCAUUCAA